UUCUCGCGUUCGCUGCCUCAGUCUUUCGUUCGUGCUUAACCCUAGAAAGCUUAACCCUUGCAAAAUGAAAUACGUCGUGCUUGCCAUCGCUCUGUUCGCGAUUUCUGCCGCCUCGGCUUCUUCCGCUGGUCAGUUCUUGCCCCGUGCCUUCUUCACCUUGGACUCUGAGGGUCAUCAGUCGGAUGUUCAUCCGGUGAAUGCCCAUCUGCUGAGGCGUCUGCGUCGCCAGGUGACUGGCUCAUCCUCCUCCUCUUCCUCCUCCUCCUCCUCAUCUGAUGGCGGCAGUUAUACCUUCGUGUCGCACUCCGUUCAAAAUGCCGAUGGUUCGGGACAGGCUGGCUCCUCCUACACCCAACAUGCUGUCCCAGCGGGUGGCGUGAGCUUUGAAAGCCGCUUCGGUGAGGACUCGUCCACGGGCAACAAUGGAGCCUACAAUACCGGGGCCUACAAUACCGGAGCCUAUAACCCUUCCUACAGCUCCGCCUCCAACAUUAAUACCAAUGCCGGAUAUGGAACCCUCAGUAGCUCCCAGCAGAGCUACGGAUCUGGCGUCGUGCCCUCCACUCAAAUCCAUCAGACCAUAACGACCUUCGAUUCUGCGGGUAACCAAAAGGUGACCACCAUCCAUGGUGCCACCGAUAAGACCGGUGUCCUGAAUGUGCAGAAGGAUGUGACCAACUACAGCGGCUAAUAAAUGGAUUCAUAUCCAUUUAGCUUAGAUAAUUCGAGUGUGUAUGAGGUGUAACUUUGAGUAAAAUAAAAUAAAGUAAAUUAAAGUAA